AUGGCGGCCUCCACUGAUUCCAAACCAGACCACAAACUUAACUCACUUCUGUACGAUGCCUUGAGGAAUCAAAACACCAAGAAAGUGGUCCAGCUCUGCCAGAAAGCUCCGGAUGGCCCAUUGCACAUAACGAGUAUACACAAGGACACUGUUCUUCAUCUAGCCUGCUACUCCAAACAACGUGAUCUUGCCCUUCUAUUGGUUAGAUUGUUGCCCAACAAUCUUAACCAGCGCUUGACCAAAGUUAAAAACGAUGUCGGAAACACGAUACUCCACGAAGUAGCCACCAGCAACGAGAUGACGGAGGUGGCCAUGCUAAUCUUGGAAAAAGAACGCAAGUUGCUAAGUACUCCUAACAUCCUGGGAGAGAUGCCACUCUUUCGAGCAGCCCGAUUUGGAAAAAUUCAUAUGUUCAAGCUUCUGGCGGACGAAGUUGAUAAAGACGGUGAUGAGGAGCGUCGUAAACAGCAGUUCCAAAGUAGAGAUAAGACAAGUAUUCUUCAUAUUGCUAUUAUUACUGAGCAUUUUGAGUUGGCAAUGUUGAUUGUGAAGAGGUACCCAUAUUUGAUUGGCAUGAAAGAUGGUAACAACAUGACAGCUCUUCAACAUCUUGCAACUAAUCCAUCGGCAUUUCGAAGUGGAAGCAAACUUGGACUCUUCAAGGGACUCAUCUAUCGAUGUAUUCCAAUCAAGAAAAAGACCAUGGAAGGAGAAGAUCUAAGGACCAAAAGCUCCGUUAAAUGGCAUUUGAAAUUGCCCAUUUGGGAAGAACUUGGAAUUGAAAAGCACAGACAUGCUUCAGCUUGGAAACUUGCCCAGGAGUUGAUUAAAAAUGAUACUUCAUGGGAGGUUACUGAAAAUGCAGCACUUAAUCAAGGUAAGCCUAAUCAAGAGAAAAGCGAUGGCUCGUCUGGGUCGUUGCUAAAAAGAGGAAGAGAAGGGCUCUGUAUUGCCUCCCAACACCUAGAGGAAAAGAAAGGACAAUGCUGCAAAGAGGAAAAAACCAAAACUACCUUGACAGGGGUCAAGAGUGAUGAAACUCCAUUAUUUCUGGCAACAAGUUGGAAAAUUACAGAACUUGUGGAAGAAAUACUAAAGAAAUAUCCUCAGGCAGUUGAGAAUGUUAAUAAAAAAGGAAGGAACAUACUACAUGUAGCCAUUCAAUACCGCCAAAUGAAGAUUUUUUAUAUGGUCACAAAGAAUGAUAUGCUAGCAAGGAGGCUAGCACGAGCCACAGACGCGAAAGGGAACUCCUUACUGCAUAUGGUGGCCAAAAAAAGAAAAGGUCGUGUGCACGAAACUUCCCAAGGCCCUGCACUCGAAUUGCAAAAGCAGAUGAUCCUUUUUGAGAAAGUGGAGAAAUUAGUUAAAUCCGAUUUCUUCAGGCUCUUCAACCAUAAGAACCAGACUGCUCAAGAGUUAUUUGAUAAUAACUAUUCUAAACUUCAUGAGGAUUCCAAAAAAUGGCUUGAGGAAACAUCUAAAAAUUGCACUAUUGUGGCUGUUCUUAUCGCCACUGUCGCCUUUACUGCAGCCUACACUGUACCUGGAGGUAAUCAAAGCAGUGGUAUGCCAGUCCUUCUCUCCGAACCCUUCUUUGUGGUUUUCACCUUGGCUGAUGUAACCUCCCUUACUUUCGCUUUGACAUCGGUAGUUUCGUUUCUCUCAAUCCUCACAUCACCUUUUCGAUUACAAGAAUUCAAGCACUCUCUUCCUCGUAAACUGAUGCUGGCUUUUACAUUUUUAAUCCUUUCUGUAACAAUGAUGAUGGUGACAUUUGCUGCAACAGUCAUCCUUAUGAUCCAUAAUAAGGAAAGUUGGACAAAAAUUGCUCUAUACUCAGUUGCAUUCCUUCCAGUCCUCGUUUUUGCUCUCUCAUAUUCAAAUCUUUAUGCACACCUGGUGAAAGCUUGUUCAAACCUGUUCCAAAUUAUACAGAAGAUUUUUCCAAGGUGUAAGGGUAAUAGUCCACAUCGCAAUGAAGCCCGAUGCAUGAGUUCCUCCAACCCUCCUGAUCAAUCUCACGUCAGAUCCAGUUUCAGGCUCCCUUCGACACGUCAAAUUACUGAAGUUUGAAAGGGGGAAAAACCUUAUAGGAACUCCUUACGGUCAAAAGAGGCAACAAUCAAAUAAGUGAUUUAAUUUGUUUUCCAACUACUGUUAAGAACUGCUAUAUCUACAUAUGUUUAAUUUACCUUGUUCUGAGAGUGAAUUAUGUGUUGUCAUUGCUGUAUGGUUUUAAAUUUUAUGAAAUUAAUAAGAGAUGACUAAAGAAUAAAAUUA